UAACUAAGUUUUAUUUUGUUAUUCUUACAGUGAACGCUCAGUGCUAUUUUCCUAUGGAAUAUUUGGGAACGUAUUUAAUCCAAACAGAAACAGAAGCAUUUGGACACACAGCCGCUACCUUUAGUGAAAUUUCUAUCGAACCUGAUGCCAUUCCUCCCUGGGGAAAAUGUUUCCGCAAGAGAGGAAAUAAUGUCAUCCUGAAAGACACUACUAUCGGAGGAGAUUGCAUGAGAUGCUUCCACCUCACCCUGAAAGCUCCAAAUGUCAUACAAAUUCAUACAGAAGGUCUUGGAAAGUGUUAUACAAAGGAAGAAGGAGUGAAGGCUACUUGUCCCGAUGACAGAGCUAUCAAUGAACGUAAAUUUAAGGAAAUCAUGCUUUACAGGAAACAAGAGCUUACCGGAAACGUUAUAUCGGAACACGUCUUUUGUCCAAUAAGCGGGAAAUUCCGCUUCACUUAUACCGCAAGGAACGGAGAAUUCCGAUGCGACCAGACUUUAUCAGAGCUGUCGAACUGUCCUUCAAGCAACACACUGGGAGUCAAAUUUCGACAGUGUUCUUUUCCAGACAUGGAUGUCAGCUUUCGUUGCUUAGGAGAUUGGGAAGGCUCGAAUAACGAUAAUUAUCUAGCUUUGAUGGAUUUAAGAGCCGAUUCUGAAGAGAGGUCUAAAUUCCGAUGUGGAAUGUAUCGUGUCGAUCCUUUGACCGGCCGGGUCUUUGUUUCGUUAUCAGCUGACUCUACGUGUCAAAACCAGCUUCGAUCUCCUACUGAUGGUUACGAAUCGCUAAUUUUGACGCCAUUUCCGGAAAAGAGUCCACCAGGCCCCGUUCUGCACGCUCACUGUCGCUUCCCUGACUGGGUACAAGGCAAAUGGGAAGGGAUGCAAGUGCAAGGCAACGUUAUUGUCUACAAGGACCACUCUAGACUACAGCGGUAUUCACUGACGUGUCUUAGAAGAGAAAAUGGCAUCUCUGAAGACAGGUUCAUCGUAUUCUCCUCAACUCAUUGUGGAGAAGAAUCAUACAACUGUGUUUGGUUGAAGCGGAGAAGUUUGAAUGUUAUGGAAUUUCAAAUAGGUUCCCAGCCUAGUCAUUUAUACUCUGACACGCUAUGCCACGACCUGCAAUUUAAUGAUGAUACAUGGACUACGCAAGGAAGAGUUAAAUCAAGUCAGAUGUUCCCGUGUCCCAUCACUGGAGAUUAUACCGGCAUAUUGCCCGAAAAUCCUGGUUUGUGCGCCAAAGUAGCGUCUGAUUGUAAUAACCCAGACGUCAUGUUCUACACCGUCAGCAACUGCGAAAACAAGUCACAGAUAUUCGAAGAGAGGGAAUAUCGAUGUCUUGGAAGCUGGGAAGAACCUGGUGGCGUGACUUUUACAUACACCCAGCGAAGAGAAAUGGAUGGCUUUCAGUGUUUUUCAGGUAAAGUUCUGCAAAGUGGAAAAGAAGCCUACAUUAAAGAAGCUGGACAUAGUUGCAUCAGAGGCGAAGAUCCUUUAAUUUAUGGAAUGCAAAUAACAAAGCAUGCUUCCUGUCCAGAUUUGGGUCUUUCCGUGUCACAUGUUCCUAAAUAUCCUACUCUGAGUCCUGAUAAUGUUGAUGAUCCUUUAUAUCGACCUGUGCCUAAUGAUCCAAACUGGUACCAGAAGGAGAAUGAUAAUGUGAAUUCCAGAGACAGGAAAUCCCCAACACGUUCAACGAAAGAGGAAGAAGAUCACAACUUGAAUUCUGCCAUUUUGCCAGCGAGCUGCAUAUUUUCCUUGCUUUUAUGUGUGCUAUGUUCAUGUGCUAUGCAUUUCAGGAGAAUUGCAUAGUAAUCGUUUCGGUGUUUAGAUAGGUUUAAAGAAAUUUAGUAUGUAAAUAGAAAUAUCCUAAUUAUAACUAUAGUCAUUUUAUAUGAUAACUUCAGUGCCGGACACUACUGAAUUGACACUACGCCCCUAAAUGGAAGAUGUAGUAUCUCUUCAAAACUCAUGUCGUGACUACUGCCGGUGUCAUAAAUCAAUGACAUGCUUGUUGACGGACACAGACGGAAAAAAAAAAAAAAAAAAAAUGUGCUUGUCGACAAAUCUCUAACAGAAUUCUUUUAAACUUGAUACCUUCAAAUACCUUUAACCUGAUGAGAAUCGAAGAUACAGUUCUUGAAGAUUUAAGAGAAACACUUAUUGAAACCAGCAACUAUCUUCUGUGUUUCUUUCUGUCGACUGAAAGUAAAAAGAUCUGAAGACAAAAGAAACCCUAGUCCAUUUCAUCAGGAACGCGCUUUAUGGUGUUUAACUUUACCUAAAAUACUCAGUCUGCGUGUGAUAUUAUAUAGACCGUUCCUAUUUGUGCGCAUACGAUUUCGAUCACGUUGUUUUUCGUAUUAAACAGCAUCUUCUAAUGGAAUGCUUUGAAAUCUUUAAUGUAUCCAGAUGUGUAUCCCGUUGUGGAUUUGAAUGUGCGUGAACUUUAGACAAAUCCAAGUUCCUAUAUCUUCAAAACCACAUGUAGACUCUCAUGAAAAUAUUUAUUUUGUUGGAGAAAUGUGUAAAAGAAUCUUCGUAGCUUAUUAACAGAUUGUAGGAUGUAAUGCUUGCUUUGUGAAAAUACUUGUUUAAUAAUAAAUAUAUUCUUUAUUUUU